ACCACCAUUGAAUUUGACACCUUUAUUUCACCAUUGACGCCACACCAAUUUCCCUACAAAUCCUUCUUUUGUUUUUCUAAAUAUUUUCCGGCGACCGGAGAAGAUCAAGUAUUAACUACGGCGAGGUUGGGUAGACAUGGGAGCUUCUCGGAAAUUUCUCAUUUAAGUCUUCUGGAUUCGUGGUUUGACUUUGAGUUGUUUGUGAUUGAAGAGCAAGAGAAGUUCUUAUGGUGUUUUUCCGAUGAGCAGAACGGAUGUUAUUGGCGGUGGAAGGCGGAGGUUUUUUCUCUUCUUCAGCUUCAGGGUAUAGCAAGGGUUUAACCCUUUUGCUUUUGGGCAAGAAAACUGAGGAGAAACCCAUGAGAGUUACGCCGUGGAACCAGUACCAGUUGGUGGACCAAGAAUCCGAUCCUGACCUCCAGCUGGCUUCCCAUAAGAACCAUUUGGUCCGCGGGUGCGCAUCAUUUCUCUGUUUUGGUCGCACCGCCGCUGGACUAGAGACUCCAUCCCCUUUGAAAGUAGGACCUGCCCACCACCAGAACCAGGAAGAUGUUCUUAAAAGUUCUCCUGAUUUGCAAAAUGUUAAAGAAAAUGAUCGUACCUCGGAUCUUGUUGACGAUAAUGACAAUAUCAAUAGCAUAAAUGCUUCUUCUCUUAGAAGCAGCUUGAAGAGACCAACGACUGGUGUUUCGGUCUCUGAUGCUUGUGAUAAGGAGGAUGAGGGUGAGCGUGUAGACCGAAAUGAUGCCAAUGGUUUGGAUCAUACCGAAAGAAGAGUUCAAUGGACGGAUGUAUCCGGGGGAGAGCUUUUUGUGAUCCGGGAAUUUGAAGCCAGCGAACACAGCGGGUCAGAUGAUGAAUAUGAAAACGGGAAUGAAAGAAGUUGCUCGUGCAGGUUAAUGUAGUUUGAGCUUCUAGUUUUGUCGGGAUGAAAGUUUAAAGUCUGCAUGAGAUCGUAAGCAGCGAAAGUUUAUGUGGUUUGGAGUCACUACCGGUGAUCAUUUCUGUCUGUUUGUCCGUCUGUCUGUUUGUCUAUAUUCCAUUUCUUUGGGAUUUCAUUUUUGCUUUUGUUUGUUUUUCCUUUAUUUUUCAGCAUUCGUGUUGUUAUAGGAAACUGCAUUCAUCAUUUGUUUCGUCGUAAUUAACACCUCUUAAUUCGUUCUUUUUCA